UCAGCCGGGAGGGGCGCGGCGCCGCUGCGGCAGUGAACACAACGUCAAAGGCUGACGUACCGUGCCGGCCGCCGGCGCCGAGGGAGAGCGAGAGCGAGCGGCGAGCGCGAGGAGCCCGGCCACCGCCAUGGCGCGCUGCUGCUGCUGCUUCGGCCUGCGCACGGGCACCAUCCUGAUCGGCGUCAUCUUCCUGCUUGUUGACCUGGCCGCGCUCGUGUGGUCGGUGCUCAACGCGGUCAAGCACGACUUCCGGCUAUGGCCGCGCGACGUGCUUGAUCACUUCACACCAAAAACGCUCGAGAUCGCGACGUGGGUGACGCUGGCAGUGUCCGCCUUCAGCGUGCUCUGCGACCUGUUGCUCAUCUUCGCGGCGGCGCGCCGCACGCGCUGCGGCCAGAUCUGCUGGCUGCUGUGGAACGGCCUGCUCCUGACGUUGUUGACGCUGGCGCUGCUGGUUGGGCUCGGCAUCUCCAUCUGGCUGCUGGUCGACAAGUCAGCCGCCGAAAAGCUGGGCAUAGACGAUGACAUCUUCACCAAGCUGACCCGCCAGAUAACCAUGACCGAGGAAGAGCGCGAGAAGCAGCGGCGCUACCUGUACAUCAGUCUCAUAGUGGGCCACGUGGUCGGACUCAUCAUCAUGUCCAUCGUGUGGGGCUGGUACGGAGCUGUCGACCGCAACCAGCGUCGGCUGCGGCACACCACCGUCAUCGUGAAGACCCAGCACGUGCACACCAGCCGACUGUAGGCCGCGCGAAGCGGCCGCGCGAUUCGACGGCGAGCGCGCCGCCUCGCGAGGCGAGGCGAGGCGAGGCGCCACAGGCGAGCGGCCGCGCCGCU